UUUUUAAAUAAUACUAAUGAUUUCUUACUUUAUAAUAUGAGUUAAGCACACAUAAUGAAAGGAAACAAAUUAAAUGGAAUAACCACCACACAAAGUAGAGAGAGAAUGGAAGGAGAAAUCAAGAACUUCAUUCUUGUAUGGACUACAGUAGUGGGAUGUCUAUGGUACUGCCAUAGCGUAGGAAAAGUGGUGCCCAGCAGUCUCCGGCGCCUCUCCAUCCUCCCUAUCUCAUGCCUAUUCUUGAUCCUCCCCCUCAAACUCACCUCCAUCCACCUCGGCGGCGUCACCUCCUUCUUCAUCGCCUGGCUCGCCAGCUUCAAGCUCAUCCUCUUCGCCUCCGCUGCCGGCCCCCUUCACUCCCACCCUCCCCUCCCGCUCUCCCGCUUCAUCCCCUUAGCUUGCUUCCCCAUCAAGAUCCAAACCACUCCACAUGACCAACAAUCCCACAAACCACGCAUCAAUUUAGCUACCAAAAUCACCACUCUAGCUCUUCUGAUCCGAGUCUACGGCAACAAAGACCACCUCCACCCUAAAUUCAUCUGGUUUUGCUACUGCAUCCACAUUUAUUUCAUGCUCGAGAUGCUCCUCGCCCUCGUCGGCGCCGUCGCCAAAGCCUUCUCGCGAGUGGAGCUGGAGCCGCAGUUCAACGAGCCCUAUUUAGCCACCUCGCUGCAGGAUUUCUGGGGAAGACGCUGGAACCUCAUGGUCCCCAAGAUUCUGCACCCCACCGUCUUCCAGCCCGUGAGGCGGGCCUCGGCCCCCCUCACGGGGAGGAGAUGGGCCGCGAUCCCUGCGGUUUUCUCCACAUUCUUGGUGUCGGGGCUUAUGCAUGAGCUGGUAGUGUACAACUUCGGGAGAGUGAGGCCCACCGGCGAGAUGCUGGGCUUCUUCGUGCUGCAUGGCCUCUCCUUGUCGGCGGAGAUCGUCGUCAAGAAAAUGCUGCCGGAAAAGUUUAGGCUGCCCGGAGUUGUAUCUGGGAUGCUGACGCUGGGUUAUGUGAUAUCGACCAGUUUCUGGCUCUUCUUCCCGCCGUUUAUUGCGGCCGGGGCGGAUCUCAAGGGCUGCACCGAGUCGCUCGCGUUUCUUGAGUUUCUCAAGACUCGCCGCCUCAUUAGCCCAGCUCACCUCUCGUGUCCGUUUCUUUGAUGGAACGCACGUUCAAUAUUUACAAUUUUAAUUUAUGACUAUCAUUAAUUUUCUUUUUUUUCGGUUUGUAGUUUAUUUUAUGCAUUAAUGGGUGCGUUCUCUUUGGUUGUAAAUUUAUCAUGGAAAAAUGAAGAAUAAACAAACUUUCACCCUUUAAAU